AUUCUAGACCCGGUCUAGUAUAGUUUGACCGGUCAAGUAAUUUACACCAUCAUUUUUGGCGCCACCCGUGGGACCGUUAAGGUUUCUUCUCUUCUAAACACAAACUUACCCACAAAAACACCACUCAAAAUGUCUUCCAGCCAGCAAAUCAACGUUACUUCUGCUCAGGUGCAAGCCACCACGGAAGGUACCAGCAUCCCCAUGGGUGCUACCUUGCCAGCCGUUUCAACUCCGGUUUUGCCGUUGGGACUAAGCUCGGUCCCAACACCCAGCAUGGUCAGCCCAUUCACGGCCCCCGUCCCUUCCGUUGGGCCAAGGGUCACCUUUCCACCAAGCAUGACCCAGUUCAUGAAUGACCCAGCCAACUUACAAGCCAUCCAGGGCUUUGGCCAGGUGCUGGAACGAUGCCCCUUCAAGCUCCGAUGCCCCUUCAAACUCCGGGCGAAGAAAGAAGCCGAGCAUGGUUACAAGCCUAAGCCGGUGCAAGUCAAGAAGGAAGAAGUGCCGGUACCCAGCCGGCCAAGGCACCACUAUGACCCGGUAGUCCGAGUGGUCAAUUCAGAAGAAUGCCAGGAGAUCAUGAAAGCACCGGUCAAUCCUCCGGACAAUCCUACCGGUCAAACUGGCCGUCAGUGGUCGGGCACCUAUUGUUCGUACCACAGGUCAGAUUCCCAUAGCACUUCCGAAUGCAAGAGUGUUAAGGGGGUAAUCCGGCAGAUGAUAGACAGCGGAGAACUGGGCAAGGAUUAUCUGCAGAAAGCCCAGGAAAAGAACCAUCAAUGGGUAAGGCCAGCGACCCAGGGAAGUGACCGGGACAAUGACCGGCAAAGGAACAACCGGCAAAGGGAGCAACAGCCUGCCCCUGACAAAGAGCAUAUUAGGAUGAUCUUUGGCGGACCCGAGGGCGGAGAUUCAGCCGCGCAGCGGAAAAAUUGGGUUCGCAGCAUUUACGUUGGAGAGGUGAAUGCCGAACCGGCCAGGCGUAAGUAUCCCAGGAGGGAGCCAAUAGUCUUCACUGACUGGGACCUCCCUCCUACCGGUGAGGAUCACAAUGAUCCAUUGGUCAUCACCAUGGACAUCAACGGGGUGGACGUCGCCCGGGUACUUGUUGACACCGGCAGCAGUGUCAACAUCCUGUACCUGGAGACCUUCCAAAAACUCAGGUUGUGUCGGACACAACUUGAACCCCUCAAAACUCCUCUCUCAGGUUUCACGGGGGACACAGUGGAAGCUGAGGGGUCCAUAGUUCUACCGGCCGAACUAGGAUCGGGCGAAAAGACCGUGUGGAAGAGGAUGCGGUUCAUCGUUGUGGACAUCAAAUGCGUCCACAACGCCAUCCUUGGAAGGCCUGGCAUCAACAAGGUCGGGGCGGUGAUUUCCAUGCCGCACCUGUGCAUGAAGUUCCACACUUCGGGCGGUGUGGGAGAAGUGAGGGGCGACCAGAGGAAUGCCCGGGAGUGCUAUGCCCGGGCGGUUAAAAAGAUGACUAAGGGGGUCAACGUCAUCUCCCAAGAGAUCACAAAGGGAGAGACCCGGGAGAAAUUGGAGCCCGAGGCCGAGACGGUGGAAAUCGAACUUCACCCGGACAGGUUUGGUGUUCAGUUCCCGGUUCUAGUAACACUACUCUCUAGUGGUUUGAUGACGGAGUCAGAAGUUGAAGUGAAUAUUGAUAUUCAUCUAGUAUCUACAAAGGAUAAGUCUUGGUACCUUGGAUUCAUCAUUCAUGUCGAUGGGGAGAUCGAAAGCGAUGUUGUUCCCCAUGUUGGAGCUGCUUGGAUGAAGCGGAAGCUUGCUUAAGUUGUCAAGUGCUACUAGAGGAUAUUAGCAAAACUGAAAGGGAAGUUUUACUGGAGAGUGGUCAGAUUGCGGGGUGCUGUUUGGUGAAGAUCACUCAUGUUCGGAUGCUCCGAGUGGCAGAGGUGACAAUGUUGAGAUGGUCGUGGGGAUAUACGAGGAUGGAUAAGGUCCAGAACAAAGAUUUUCUGAGGAA